UUCACCCUACAUAAAUUCCUUUUACCAUAUAAUCUGUACUAACCAGCAAACAUUCCCAAAAUGAACUAUUCCUCAGAUACACUUCAAAUCAAUACCCAAUUUGCAAACAUUUCAGGUCACCAAAUCAAACCACUUAUGCAAAAUCAACCACGCCAAGAAAACAUACCUCAUAUGUUAUAACUAACUUACAUAUAUUACUUAUGCCCAACACCAUUAUUAUUAGUCCUUACAAACUGAUUAAACAUGCAUUUUCACAUUCCUUAUCUUUCAAACACCAUGACCAAAUCAUCCAAUAUCAACUUUACCUCCUCCAACUCCUCCUCCUCCUCCUCCUCCUCCUCCCCUCUCGCCGCCGCAAACUUCAACUUCAACAUGAUCUAUUCCAUUAGUCUCUCCCUCUUACAAGACAUCCAAAUCCUAGAAAUUCUCAUUGCAAUUACUCUCUUCAUAAUCAUUCAUUCUCUUAGACAAAAAAACCAUCAUGGCCUACCUAUUUGGCCUUUUCUUGGCAUGUUACCUUCUUUGAUCAAUGGUCUAAGGACUAAUUUGUAUGAAUGGAUCACAGACAUUCUUAACAAACAAAAUGGGACUUUUAGAUUCAAAGGUCCUUCUUUCAGCAGCCUUAACUGCAUAGUCACUUCUGAUCCUCGAAACCUCGAACACCUUCUCAAAACCAAAUUCAUCAACUUUCCUAAAGGAACUUACUUUAGAAACAUGGUAAGGGACUUACUUGGAGAUGGUAUAUUCAGUGCAGAUGAUGAAAUAUGGCAAAAACAAAGAAAAACAGCGAGCAUCGAGUUUCAUUCGACCAAGUUCAGAAAUUUAACAACUGAUUCUUUGUUUGAGCUUGUUCAUUCAAGGCUUUUACCUGUUUUAGAUGAAUCAGUUGAUAAAAGGGCUGUCACAGAUCUUCAAGACAUUCUUUUAAGACUAACUUUUGACAAUGUUUGUAUGAUAGCUUUUGGUGUUGAUCCUGGUUGUUUGAGUCAAAAACUUCCUGAGAUACCAUUUGCAAAAGCCUUUGAGGAUGCAACAGAAGCCACCGUGCUUCGUUUCGUUAUGCCUACGUGUGCUUGGAAGUUCAUGAGGCUUCUUAACUUAGGUGUAGAAAGAAAACUCAAGAAAUCAAUUAAAGGGGUUGAUGAAUUUGCAAUGAAUGUCAUAAGGACUAGAAAAAAGGAACUAUCUUUGGAAGUUGAUGAAAAGAAACAAAGGUCAGAUUUGUUAACUGUUUUUAUGAAGAUGAAGGAUGAGAAUGGAAGUGCUUAUUCAGAUAAGUUUCUGAGGGAUAUAUGUGUGAAUUUUAUACUAGCUGGGAGAGACACUUCUUCUGUGGCUUUGAGUUGGUUUUUUUGGUUACUUGAUCAGAAUCAUGAAGUGGAGGAGAAGAUAUUAGAAGAGAUAUGCAAGGUGGUGAGUCAGAGAAAUGAUAUAAAGAAGGAAGAAUUUGAAAAUUCUUUGAUAUUUAGGCCUGAAGAGAUAAAAAAGAUGGACUAUUUGCAUGCUUGUUUAUCUGAAACUCUCAGAUUAUAUCCUUCUGUUCCUGUUGAUCACAAGGAGGUAGUUGAGGAUGAUACAUUCCCAGAUGGAACAAUACUAAAAAAAGGUACAAAAGUGAUCUAUGCAAUUUAUGCAAUGGGGAGAAUGGAAAGCAUAUGGGGAAAAGACUGCAGAGAGUUUAAACCUGAAAGAUGGUUAAAAGAUGGUCGUUUUAUGAGUGAAUCUGCGUACAAAUUCACUGCAUUUAAUGGCGGACCUCGGUUAUGUUUAGGCAAAGAUUUUGCAUAUUAUCAAAUGAAAUAUGUUGCUGCUAGUAUCAUAUACAGAUACCAUGUGAAGGUGGUGGAGAAUCACCCUGUGGAACCAAAGAUUGCUUUAACUAUGUAUAUGAAGCAUGGAAUCAAAGUUAAUCUCUAUAGGAGAGAUGCUGCUGAAAUUCAAAAACACUUGAUUUGAUCAUUGGUUAAAUAUCAAUUGAUAAUUAUGCUGAUGGCUGAUGAUGCUAUUAUUGAUUUAUUUUUUUUGUAGUUUUUGUCUCAUAUUUGGAACAUAUAUAAAGUUCUUUAUGUGAUUAGAGAUGUUUGUAGUUUGUUAGUAAAGACUACAAAGUGAUAUAGAAACAGGAUUGAGUGUGUAUAAUAUUGGAAUUAAAGCCUAAAUAAGGAUGUUUAUUGUUGAUUGAAUUUUUUGGAAUGGAAUUUGUGCGUAGA